GCUGAAGGAUGCAGAAGGCGCUGUCCACGACGCAGAUCCAGACGCUCUGGACGGAAUUCGACCGCAUCGUAUGCCAAACACACAAAACAACCCAUGGAUCUUUCAUCCCAUUAAUGAGUUCACGAGCUCCGUGCGCGUGUGUGUGCGUAUGCAGGCCCGUCAGGCGGGUCUGUCGCGGGAGAGCUUCGUCAAGGGCUUCAAGACCCAGUCGAAGGGCAAGGAUGUGACGCAGGAGAACCUAGAGGCCUUCAAGCAGUACGUCAGACAACACAGAAAUGACGGCAGGAGGGGCAGGUACAAUGUCAGCAAACCCGCUGAUCAACAGCGGCAGCAACCGCAGCACCAGCAGCUUGACAGAAAUGACAAUGGAGGCACUCGGCCGGCCAACCAGCAGCAGGAGAAGCCGCGUGCCAAGACGUCGCCGGGAGGGGAGAGGGAGGGCAGUGGUGGCGGUGGCGGUGGUGUAUCGGGCAGCCCGCCGGUGAAUGGGGCGAGGUCGCGUGCUGCGAACAGGGGGGGGGCCAAGACACCCCAACAACGUCCACCGCAGCAGCAGCACCGGAAAGGUGAGAAGAACAUAACUGCACACGGAAGUGGGACCAGAGUAGAUGGGCAUUGUCUGUGUGCAGGGUCGGGCCCUCCUGCUGCUGCUGCGGCGGCGGCGGCAUCUGGAGGUGGCAGUAGUGGUGCUGCGGCAGCAGCAGCUGCGGCUGCAUCAUCAUCGCCAGCGCCAUCGCCUGUAGUGGAUUUGUCGACUGCUGGCGUGGGCAUAUUCUCGCCACUGGCUGCCAGGCGGGGCGCACCACUCCCGCACAAACAACCCAAGAAGUAAGUACACACACUCUCACUCACACACAGAGAGCCACACCGACACAAGCAACGGUGUGCUGUAUUGUUCGUUGUGUGAAGGCCUGACCAUCAGCAGCAGGGCAGUAGGGCGACAGUGUACUCGCUGAACAGUGACAAGCUCGACGGCCUGGAGGGCCGCAUGACGCCAUACGACCAGCAGAGGCUCAAGAUCACAGUCCUUCCCAGUAAGUAAGCACGGUUGUCACAUGGCAGCCGAAGCGAAGACACCCACCCCACCCAUGUGUUGAUGUGUGUGUGUGUGUGUGUGUGUCAUGUGUGUAGGCAUAGAGCAGUACGAGGACCAUGACGGCGUGGGGUUUGGGUGCCGCUGCCCAUACGCCUACAAGUGGAUGGCCGCAGACGCCCGAACCAGGAGCAAAACCACUGGUGGGUGAGGUGGGUCGGGGUGGCUGGGGCAGGCAGCUGUACGUGUGUGUGUUGUUCAUUGAUUGUUCAGACGAGCGUGUGCACAUGAUGUGCAAGGCGUUGAAGGACCACCUGGAGGAUGACUCCGAAACUGCCGACACCUUCGAUGCCGCACAAGUCGGCGACACACGACAGGUACACACACCACGCACGCCCUCCGACACCUUCACAACUCGCGCUCACCCCUUCUGCAUUUCUGUGUGUCUUAUGUUGUCCGUGCGCUGUGUCAGUCGGAUGUGUGGGUGUUUGGUCGGAUCGUAGCUGACUCGGAGAGCGGCCCGCUCAACGCGGCCUCGUGUCUGCUCGAGGGGGACAGGCACUACUCCAACGGCGAUAGAGUCGAGCUUAAAAUCGUAAGCAUGACAGACGCCUACACUGCGCACGGCACACACCAGGCAGAUGCCCACACUGCGUUGGUUUGUGUGUUGUGCAUAUGUGUGUGCAGGCUGACGACGUUCGCUGCGUACUGUUUCCAGGACAAGUGGUCAGAGGGACACAAGAGUAGGGUGGGCAUUGCAGUGCAUCGCCUCGGGUGGCUGCAUGUGUGUCUGCUGUGUGUGUCCUUGAGUGCAGGUAGCAGCGUGGGGAAUGGGUGAGCGCGUGGGCAGCGGCAUCGGACGAUUCACGGCCAAGAAAAUAGGUAGGCAGAGAGAGAGAGAGAGAGAGAGAGUGGCCUUCAUUCCACCCCUUCAUGUGGAUGGGAACGGAAUGGCAUGUGGGGCAUUCAGUGUGUGGCCUGCCGUCACCAUCGCCCACACUGCCGCUGCAGACGCUCAGACGAUCCAGCGAUGAAACGGUACACACGCGGCCUCAUCCACAGACAGCCAGAGGGCCGAACACGCCUCUCUCUGUAUGUGAUUGUGGUUGUGUGUGUGGGUGACAUCAGUAUGGCGGCAAGCCUCUGCACAUCGCCGUGGCCACGGGGCCGUUCGUGCUGCCCGGCACACUCGACUACACCCCACUAGGUCUGUGGGUGUUGUUGUGGGCGAGGGGCACCCACGAGAUGCAUACAACCCUCUCUGUCUGUUGAGUGUGUGUUCCUGCAGAUCGGUUGUUGGCGCAGUUGAGUAUGUCGCGCCCCAGGCUGUUGGUGCUCAUGGGGCCAUUCGUUGAUGCCAGAAACGAACAGGUGGGUUGAUGGGGUCACACGGAAAGGGUAUAUUGUAUUUUUCGGCGUCAUCAGGUAGCUGCAGGUGCGUUGGUUGAGAAGCGAGAGCCCGAUGAGGACAACGUUGACAUGACGAGAGAUGACGACCAACUCACAUGUACCUGCGUGAAAGUGCUAAUGCUGCUCUCACCUCGCAAUGCGUCCAUCCACAUGUCGGCCAUGUGUGCCAACUUUGCAGCGUAUCUGUGUUACGAGGAGGUGUACCGCCGCGUGUUUGAGAAGAUCGACGCCUUCAGGCGGGGAGAGGAGAACGUCAGCCCCAUACAGGUCGCCAUCAUGCCCUCACUGCACGACGGUCAGCCCUCACACGGAACAGACACAACACCGAUGGACGACACCUGGAUGGAUGGAAGGGUGGUGUGUGCUGAUUGGUGUGCAGUGGGUCAGUGUUACCCCCUGCCCCAGCCUGCAUUCGACUUGGCGUCGUUCAGGGAGGCCCUCGACGUCAGUCAUUUCCCGCUGGAGGAAGACACCCAACAGAUGGACACCGGCAGCACUCCGAAGGUAUAUUGCCAACCACAAGAAACCCUCUUAUGCCGGCGUAUAUGCAGUUUGUGUGUGUCUGGGGUGUGUAGGUGCUGUGGUUGUCCAAUCCGUGCCGGAUGAUGCUGGGCAAUGAGUUGGAGAUCGCAAUGACAUCGUGUGACAUCAUCGGACCCAUCAGUAAGCCAUACACAAAGCACCCAUCCAUCCAUCCAUCCAACACAUUGCUGUUGUGUGUCUUGUCCUUGUGUUGCCAGUGGGCCGUCGGUUCAUGAAGGGCGAGGGCUCAUCAUUCGACCGAUGCUUCGAAGCAUUCCUGGGGGUGAGCAAACCACCACACACACAGCACCGCACACACUCUCUCCCACUUGCGCAUGUGCCGUUGGUGUGUGGUGUGCAGCAACGUAGUUUCUUCCCCUUAGACCCGCCGUACCACGGGCAGCAGCACAGCCACCAGAUAGAGUUCGGCCAGGUGCACAGCAUGCAGUUCGACAUGGCGGGCGUGGCCAAGAACCCACCGCACAUGUUCAUAUUCGCGUCCUCACACAUAUCGCCCUUCGCAAGGGUACGUGUGUCGAUGUGGUGUCCUGGAUGGAUGGAUGGAUGGAUGGAUGCAGGUGGCACAAGAGCGCGUGUUCGUCAAUACCGGGCUGUAUGAUGGCACAAGUAAGGACACACACUCUUCUCGUCUAUGGCUGAUGAGGGUUAUCGGUGUAUGUGUGUGUGUGGAUGGAUGGAUCAGAGCCGUUUGUGUGCACGGACAUCUUCAUCUACCCGCCCAUUCUCGACACACAGGACGGCGAGGGCGAUGCCGCCAUGAUGGACGAGUCGGCCACGGUGCGAGUGCGGCUCCCUGAGAGGGUGCGGGUGGACAUCACCCGAGUGGACAUGGCCGAGUAGACAGAGAAAUGCUCGGACGGAUAGAGAGAUGCAUAGCUGGACGUCGGCGGGUGGGCGUGUGUACAUAUUCCGACUGUUGUGUGUGCUGUCAAUACAUAUCGUUCAAUCAAUCAACC